AUGAGCACUGCAAUGAGGGAGAACAGGGAGCCGUCUGAGCCCUCAGGUUCCGAAUAUGGGUCAUCCCCCUUUAGCCAAGCUUCGAACGGAGGAAAGGCUGCGUAUUCUGGCUUUACUACUCCUGAAUCUAUCGGGAACGUUGCCUAUCGGACUCAAGCUACUGAAGAUGUAGCCGAGAAGAACUUGACUCUGAUGAGUAAGGACCCGUUCGCCUCUUACGACGGCCUCCCCGACAAGUUUCAUACCUGCCACCACCCGUACCAUUCAUCGUACACUGAAGAUAAUCUUCCUCUCCUCCUUUUCAGGUUGGAGCCGCCAAAUGGAAACAAUUCGGAGUAUAUUGGAAAUUUGGUGGAAAACGGCAUGGUCGUCCUCGAUUAUCAAGGGAAUCCAGUGCGAAACUUUCCGUUUUUGCCACGAUAUAUCUCUGUUAAGCCUUCUGGAUGGCUCAUCGAAUUUUGGAUGCGAUCAGACACUCGUCUCACCUACCGAGACAUCAAAGCUAGGAUGCCGGUCGCCAAAGAAGAGCUUCCUUCGGACAACGUCCUUAAUAUGAGACGUGAACGUGACGCUCGUAAGCCUCUUGGUUUGUCGUGCUGGACUGCUCGUCGUGGUGGUGUUACCAAGGCUGAAGUUGAACGUGUUGAACAAUUAUCUGCUGAGAACAUUAUGCACAACACGGCCUUGAAAGUUCGUUGCGACCUCCAGCCUGCCGUCCUGGAGUCAAGAUCCUUCUAUCCAAACUCAACACCGCAACACUAUCCGUUGGAUACCUUUUUGGAUAACGGCAAUGAGUCUCAUACCCCGGGACGUCGUCUCAAUGAGAGCAUCGAGCUGUUAUUCAAGCUGCAAGUCUUAGCAAUGGAUUCCGGUUUAGACGAUUGGAGAAACUUACCAGAAAGCCAACUGCCCGAAUGGUGGGCUAAAUCCAAAAGCAAGGGGAAUUCCGAAGUCGGCAAUGCUAGCCAGAGCCAAGAAUCAUCAGUGAUCGGAUCGGUUCUCUCCACCCCCAAAUCAGCACCCCGGUCACGAAUGAGCUGGAAGACUCCUCAGAAGACUGGGCUCUCGACUGCCUCCAGCGCCCAAACCCCGCAAGGUUUGGUGACGCCUCAAAGUGUUUUUGGGGAUACUGCUACCACGUUAGCUUUAUUUACUGAUUCCAAUGCGAUUGAAGACUCAAGCAAUACGUACCACUAUAGCUCCCCAGGGUAUGAUAUGGCCACAGGCGAUGAAAUGACCGCCUAUUCGUCGCCAUUCAAUGACUAUCAGUCACUUCCAGCUCUGGGAUAUCAUCAGCUGCAGACCUCUCCAAGCAGCGGAAUGGAUACCCAAGGCGUUGACAUGAACGCGAUGCACAACGCCUUUUUAUUUGCUUCCAAUACUUUUCAGCAACAAGAUGUCUUCUCUUCCGCCGCCUCUCAAGGCACAAUGAUCGACUACUCCUUGUUCGAUCAUCCGUUUCUGUUCGACUGCCCCAUCCAGAACCACCAAGUCGAUUACACCCAACACUUCGGCAAUGUCGCAAUGGAGGGCUUCCAUAACCACACUUCGGCAUAUAGUUCUGACUACAGCCCCUCAGCGCAUCGCUUCAACGGCAAUAUGGGAUUCUCGGUCCGCCAGCACCAUGACCACAAGCUGAACAUGAACACUGGCGAGGUCAUGGGCCGCAACAACCCGUUCCCUUGGACGGGAAGGCACAGAAGAAAUUCGUCCUCCCAGCGCUCUUUUGAAAAUUUCCUUAUGGAGGAUCUUCCGUUUUGA